GGGGUGUCAGCUUCACUCAGCUCUGUGAUACCUCGUCAGAUUCUCCUACCGUAGCACGGAUAGAUGGCUAAGUCUAUCUGUUGGUGCUACCCGUCUAAAGCUGCUACCGUCAUGUUUACAAUCAGAAACUACAGCAGGUUGUUGUAAAAUAUAUUUUAUAACAUUAUUAGAGUGACUGAAGUGGAAGCUUAGCAGUUAUGGUUAGCUUAGCAUCAGAACAAUUUCUAUCCAUGACGAAACCACAAGAAGAUCACUUCCUUCAUCUGAAUAUCUACCCGUUUAAAAUGAAAAGCUGAAGAUUGUACAGACCAAUGAGAACCAUUGUAACAUAUGAAUCCAUUUUGUAAUGUAAAUAUUUAAGUGAAGCUACGACAGCAGGAAUUAACUUUAGUUUUGUGUAGGACUUGCAGCGGCGGCCAUGACGGCGUUAUGGUUUGUUUUUAUCGUCAGAACAGAUUUAAAGACAAACUGUGUCACGACUCCGAUCCUCCAAUAAAACCAGCACAACCAGGAUCCGGUUACAUAUAUAAGAUUACUAUAAAUAUUUAUACUGCUACAAGCAAGGAUGUUGCCAUGGUUACUGGCAGCCUAAUUUACAUUAAGAUGAAUUUAUGGAGGCGACAGGCGGAGCAGCAGCUGUUGUGAUUUUUAAAGGACCGGUGCUCAGGUUCAUGAGGCCCAAGAUCACCUGGUUACCAUGGCAACACACACCCAGGGUUCUGUUAAUGGUCAGACAAAACCCAGAACCAUCAGAACCAAUGAAGGUCCGUGUUGAGGACGCACAGCAGAGGGCUGCUGGGCAUGUUCAGUGGCGCCCUCCACUGGCUCAGAACCGGUGCAUCGCUUCCUGCCUCAUUCCUCCUGCACAGAAUUCAGUCGUCUGGGUCAGAACCUUUGGACCAAUGAGGCGUCAGAACCUUUGGAACCAAUGAGGCGAGGAGGACGGUUGGUUAUUUUUCCUCAGCCUCCAGGAAUCAUGGCCGACAAGAAGGUGAAACUCAAUUCAACUCUUCCUGACCUCGGCUCCAUUCAGCAGCUGCUGCUCUCCACUCAGCAGGUUCUGGUUCUGGUUCAUUUGGGCCCCCAGCAGGUUCUGCUGCCUUUCAGUUUUUACUGUUUCUAUAAUGUACAAAUUUCUACAAUCUGUGGAAUCCUGCUCUGGUUUGAGCCGCCAAUUUUCACAGGAAGUGACACGUUUCACAGGAAGUGACACAUUUCACAGUUUUCAUGGAGACCAAAUGUUUCCAUGACUGACUUCCUCUAGAUCAGUGGUGCCCAAAGUGGAUGUUUUAGUCUCUCCUGGUUUAACGCACCUGGAUCCAGAAAAGGUUCUUGUUACCAGCAGGGAGAGAAUAAAACUUGCAGGAUGCCGGCCCUCCGCUUUGGGCACCACAGCUCUAGAGCCUGAGAGGUUUUGAGUACAAGUGUUACAAGUUUUGAGAAGAAAGACAUGAAAGUACUACCAGUUUUGAGAACAAAAUACAUGAAAUCCUCCUUGAGCUCCAACUCUCUGCUCGCUUAUGAAACAUGGAACUGCCUUUUUGGCAGUCGCCUAGCAACCUCUCAGCCAAUAGAAUGAAAGCGUUGUACUGGGUGUGUUUGUUUCCUUCUAGCGGGUGUGCCUGUGUGGCUACUAUGGAUUGUAGCAACCUGCACCGCCCACUGGAAGUUGUGAAAAUGAGGAUAGCGACAAUUAACAGAUGUGAUCUGUGGGAGCUAAUUUCACUUGGUAGCUAAGCUAACCCACAGAAGGAAGUGAGGAGAAACCUUCCAGAAGAAGGUCAUCAAACUCAGGUGAACCUCCUUAUAUAAAUCCAGAUGAGAUGUUCUUGAUGAACCCUGAUGCUCCACCAGAUCUCCAUCUGACGGGGAAAGUGAGUUUCCUAAAUCUGAUGGUAUUACCACCUUGUCCAGUAUUGAGGUCAGUCUGUCGAGGAAAACUGGCCUGGUUCCUGACGUCCCACCCAGAGGGUCACCCUAACGGCCCCUAACGGCCCUAGGGCCCCUAAUGGCCGCUCUUCCUCUUUGUCACGACUUGCUCUUGUUUCUGAACCAGGUUGGUUUUAGUGACUCAUCCGAGUCCCAGGGGUGUUUUACAUUUAGCUUUGGGCUAAAAACAACCUAUAAAAACCUUUUCCACCUCUUUCUCUCCAGAAUCAAACAUCAUAUAUUUUUCAUCCAUCAGAACUUUGCGGAGGCGUUUGGUUACUUUGUGUGAUUCAUUUUAAAGGUGUUGAUGCUAAACUAAAAUCUCCAGCAGGGGAAUAAAGGAUGAGCUCUGAUUAUCUUGACAUCAUCAAACUGCAGACAUGAGCAGGAAGUGGAAAUAAUUCCAAUUCAAAAAUACUUUAUUAAUCCCAAAGGGAAAUUAAAUGUAGCUCAUUAAUUCUUCAGUUAUUAUAGAUAAAAAGAGAAAAAAUCUCAAUGAAAGUACAGAGUCACGCCAGCGUGCUGUCACCCUCAGUGACGCAAACAGGAAGUGGAAAAUAAAGCAACAGGAAGUAGACUGGUCAGUCCAAUUAGCUAAGCUAACCAGCUGGUUAAUCUGUGGGACACUUUGAUGUGUCCUGUAGGGGGCGCCCUCUUGCGUUGUUCUGUAGGUUCAUCAGUUUGGAGUUUCAGUCAUUCUUCUUGAAGCUGUCUGGUACCAAACACCACUGAACCGGUUCCGGUCCGGUCCGGUCCGGUCCGAGCGCAGUUUGAGCUGUGGUAGAUGAAGGUGAUGGGCAGCGCCAGAAGCACGAUGCCGCUCACCACGCAGACUCCGCCCAGCACCCGGCCCGCCACCGUCGUCAUGGAGAUGAUGACCCACCAGCAGGCCGCGGGGAUGCUGGCGUAGUCCGGGUUCCCGGUCUCCAGAUCCAAACCGUGCUCCAGCAGCUGGGCCAGCGCGCUUUAGAUCGCCAUGGCGACACAAACAAAGACGGGCAGCAUCACCAUCUCGCGGUAACAGCGGCGCAGCAUCAGGCCCAGAGUCUGCAGGCCCAGGAAGUGACGGGCCAGCUUCAUCACCCAGAAGAUCCGCAGCACCAAACCUUCCGCUCAGCUGUGCUGCCUGGGUUUUGGACUUUGUAUGCCUGGAUUUUUCAUUAAUUCAUAAUUUCCGCACACCAACCUGGGUUCUCAGCGUCUGCCUCACCACUUCACACCACAACUCAUGACAGAUCUGGGUUCGCCGUCCGUCUGAGCCAGACUGGCUCAGACACUGGAGCAGGACAGACAGCCUGUCCAACUGCUGAGGUCUAAACAAAAACACAGUUGGACGUCCUCGGCAUAAAUGUGACAGGAGACUGAUGGCAGCCAGGAAAGGAAAUCCAGUGGACUCAGAACGCAGCCUGGAGGAACCCCGACUAAAGGGGCGGGGUCUCAGGGAGAACGUCAGACACAGGAAGUAAUGUCAGGUGUGAGAGAAGCUGAGGCAGGAACAGGAAGUAGCUGAUCUGUGGUGACAGGAAGUGAACCGAGAUGGAGGCGAAGAUGUUGCUGCUGCUGCUGCUCGCCACUCUGGGUCCAGAAGCUGGCAGCCAUCAUGGCCGCCCCAUGCCAGGCUCUCCGUAUGACAUCAGCAGGAACGCCGCCGCUGUCCAGCAGGCCGUCCUCGGCGCCGCCCACUCCUUCAACAGCCAAUCAAACGACGCCUUCCUGUUCAAGCCGUCAGCCGUCGUCAGAGCGCAGCGACAGGUGGUCAGAGGGAUCCGGUACAUCGUGGACUUCCAGAUCUCCAGGACGGUUUGUCCCAAACGGAACCGGACCUCGGACCUGGACCGGUGCCACCUCCAGCCUCCGGGCCGGCUGGCCCAGACCUUCCGGUGUCACCUGGAGCUGUGGCUGAUCCCCUGGAAGCCUGGGCGGGAAACCCUGGAGCUGCUGUGCAGAUCGCCCCAACGGGAACCGGUUCUGAUCUGAAACCAGCUCUGUUCCGGAACCAGAACCGGUUCUGAUCAGGAUCUGAUUCUGUUUAAAUGAUGAGUGAAUAAAGAGUUGCAGCAGA